CACACACACCCACCCUGCAAUUGGACCUCGUUUGUUGGAAAGUUGCGGACCUGCUGCGAUUCCUCUUCGGAGAAGAAGCCGCCGCGGCCGCUCUCUGGGAAAGCCCUGCGCCCUCGUCCUUCCGUUCCUGCCUUCGGGAGAAGCAGCGGCCGAAGUCGCCGUUCGCCCGGCGGGGAGGCGGGAUGGAGAUGCCCUCUGCCGUCGCCUCCUGCUUUCCUGGUCGGCCGCAGCGGCAAACGCCGCUCUUCUUUCUCCUGGGUUUGCUGCUUUCUGCCCUGUCCCUGCGGCCAGGACUUGGAUUAUAUGCAGUAAACACAGUAUAUGGAGAUACCAUUGUUUUGCCUUGCCAUUUAGAAGUUCCUAACGGUCUUUUGUUUGCAAAAUGGAAAUAUGAAAUUGCAAACAAGCCUUCAGAGUCCAUUGCGUUGCGAUCUGCAAAAAAGCCAAGUGCGCAAUAUGACAAUGUACCAGAAUACAAAGACCGAAUAAAUCUUUCUGAAAAUUAUACCCUGUCCAUUAAUAAUGCAAGAAUUGGAGAUGAAAAGAAAUUUGUAUGCAUGCUUGUAACUGAAGACGAUGUAUUUGAACAGGCUACACUUGUCAAAGUUUUCAAGCAGCCAUCACAGCCUGGAAUUGUAAAUCAAGCAGAAUUUCUAGAAACGGAAGAGCUAAAACUGCUUGGGGAAUGUAUUACAAGAGAUGGUUAUCCUGCAGGAAACAUAACAUGGUUUAAGAAUGGAGCUAUUUUGCAACAUGCUGAAGAAGCUGUUGUCAUAGAUGAACAAACCGAUCUAGAUAAAGCCAGUGGACUCUAUACCAUCAAAUCUUCCCUAAAAUAUAAACCAACAAAGGAUGACACUGGUGCACAGUUCACAUGCACUGUAACAUAUUUUGGACCAACUGGACCAGAGAUAAUACGAUCAGAAUCAGCAGUCCUUGACAUUUACUAUCCCACUGAAAAGGUUCAGAUUGAGAUUCUUUCACAAAGAAAAACAAUAAAGGAAGGUGAUAACAUUACCCUAAAAUGUUCAGGAAAUGGUAAUCCUCCACCUCAGGAGUUCUUAUUUUUCAUCCCAGGAGAGCUGGGACCAAUUCGAAGUUCCAGUUUUCAUGUGUUGACUGAUGUAAGAAGAAAUGCAACAGGCAAAUACAGAUGUUCUCUGACUGAUGAAAGUUUGAUAGAUUCCACAACAGUUACAGUACAUUAUUUGGAUUUGUCACUUACUCCCAGUGGAGAAGUUAUUAAACAGAUUGGAGAAGCAUUGCCUGUAUCUUGUACAAUUUCUUCCAGUAAAAAUGCUACUGUAUUCUGGCUGAAGGAUAAUAACAGAAUGCGGUCAAGUCCUUCUUUUUCAAGUUUGCAGUACCAAGAUGCAGGAAAUUACAUCUGUGAAACAACUUUACAAGAAGUUGAAGGCUUAAAGAAAAGUCAAAUUCUGACACUGAUAGUACAAGGAAAGCCUCAGAUCAAAAUGUCGAAGAGAACCAGCCCAGAUGGAUCUUAUAAAACUAUAGCCUGUCAUGUAGAAGGAUUUCCCAAACCUGCAGUACAGUGGACUAGCAGUGGAGGUGUCAUAAAUAAAACAGAAGAGACUAAAUAUAUCAAUGGAAAAUUUAUUAGUAAAAUCAAAAUUGCUCCUGAAGAAAAUAUUACAUUAACCUGCAUUGCUGAAAAUCUACUAGAAAGAGCUGUCACAUCUUUGAAUGUAUCUGCUAUAAGUAUUCCAGAAUCUGAUGAACCAGAAGAAAAAAGUGAUGAUAAUAGGGAAAAUAUUAAUGAUCAGGCAAAAUUGAUAGUGGGAAUCGUGGUUGGUCUUCUUCUAGCAGCAACGGUUGCAGGUGUUGCUUACUGGCUAUACAUGAAGAAAUCAAACAGUCAAUAAGCAAAUGAUGUCAUUAAAUAACAGCACAGUUGAUCAGCUUCAAAACAUGUAGCUAAAGAUCUUGGAAAUAUAGAGGAAAAUAAAAAGUUAGAAGAAAACAAUCAUAAAUUGGAAGCUUGAAAUACCAAACCAUUUGGUUGCCAUUCCAG